AUGGAGGAGCAAGUCGAUCGUCUCGUAAAGAAGGCCUGGGAAACAUAUCAGAACGUUCCGCCCUCAAAGCGCCUCCUCAUCGCCGUAUCAGGGAUACCGGGCUCAGGCAAGACCACUCUCGCAGCCAUAGUGUCCAACCGCCUCAACGAGCUGCAUGCUCAACACUCCCCUGGCACUUCCAACAGCAACCCGCUUUCAGCCUUCCUCCCUAUGGAUGGCUACCACCUCUCGAGGCGGCAGCUCGAUGCCUUACCUGAUCCUGUCUCGGCGCACGCUCGCCGUGGGGCCGAGUUCACGUUCGAUGGCGACUCGUUCCUGAAACUUGUCAAGAAGCUGAGGGAGCCUCUGUGUCCCGAGACGCAGACCCUGUUCGCGCCGUCGUUCGACCAUGCGAUCAAAGAUCCGGUCGCUGAUGACAUUGCCAUUGCACCUUCGAUCCACAUCAUCAUUUUCGAAGGCAACUAUCUUUCUCUCGACAAGGCGCCCUGGAGCGAUGCCGCAGCACUGAUGAAUGAAUUAUGGUUUGUAGACGUUGACAUGGAAGUCGCUAGGAAGCGUCUGAUCCAUCGUCACGUCAAAGCAGGCAUCGCGGAGGAUGCAGGAAGCGCCGCUAGAAGGGCAGACGAGAGUGAUCUUGUGAACGGUAAGGAGAUCAUAGAAAAUAGGUUGAAGGUGCACGAAAUCGUUAUCAGCGAAGAUGAUGACGGAUGGAAGCCGGAGGAACAAGAUCGGUGA